AGAGGACAACGCAGCCAGGGCAACUUUCUCAUGGCGGAGUGCGGAAUUCAGACGCUGGCAAAUGUCCAAAUGCUUCCAUUCGCCCUGAAGUUCUGCAGUGGCACAACGCUGAGCACGUUGCGCACUGCAGCAUCCAUGUUCUCAGAAGCCAUCCCCGAAUCCUCCUUGCUGUGGAGCGAGUUGCUGUCAGAAUCUUCAGCCUUUCUACACGAUGACAAGACCUCCACGAUGCAAAAGGCCCAACGCUUGAGCGCGGCGGUCGAACGAUGCAAGCUCCAACGGGAAGAUGCUGACGCGGCUGACGCGCCCAUCGAACGGCCACCAGUGAACAAAAGUCAGCGCUACCGACUCAUCGUCACCGGAGCCCGCGGCAGUGGAAUCUCCAGCCUGGUGCAACUCAUGGCGCGGAGGGAUGAGUUGAAGUCGCACCAAGGGAAGGACAUGUCACUGAUGAACUUCUCAGCAGAGCUGAACAAUCAGAAAUUGUCCAUCUCGGCAGUCGACAAGCGCUCCACUGCUAUCGUCACACCGUUUUCAGCCGCUUUGUACAAUGGUCACAGCGCGGCACUCUUCGUUUUCGAUGCAAGCUGCAUGGAGGAUUCACUGAAUAAAGCUGCAUGGUGCAUUGCAGAGUUGAAGCAAACGGUGGGACCGAAUAAGUUCCGCUUGAUGCCGAAGCUUUUGGUUUGCCACAAGGCGGAUCUUUUGCCAAAGGAAUCGCCACAGAAGUUGCUUCGACAGCUGCCAGCGAUCUGUGAAGCACUGCUGACCAGCUACGGCAUGGACUUGGUCUUCACUUCUCGGGAGGAUCCAGGCUCAGUGGAUCUGGCCGUGGCCCUCGCUGCCGAGCAUUGGCCCGAGACGGGUCCCGAUGAUGCCAGUCGAAAGUUCCCGACCAUUUCAAGGCAGCAGCUGCGUCCCACCAGAACGGUCGUUCGACGCAACACCGUGGUGAAUUCGCAGCCGCGUCGUCCAGCAAAUAUCUUGGAAGAAUUACGUGCAAGAGUCCCUCGUGUAGAGUAGCAUGUAGCAGCUGAGCACUGUGAAAUUCUAGCUGUACAUCAAAUCUUUUAGCAUGUCGCACGUAGGUGAACGGCUGCCCCAGCCACUCCAGUCGUCCCAAUCUUUGCUGCCAACGCACUCCCGGUGUCAAGAUGGCCUCUUUGUUGUACAGCAUUUGAGAGCCAUGCGGACAUCGGCAUAGGUGCCCCUUCCAAGUGGGCAGAAAAUGCCGCAUAGC